UUUAGAACUUCGAUCUCGAUUAAGUUCUCGUACCAGAGUUUUGAGGAGAAUGGUUUUGAGACGUGCGAUACAACACUUGGCUUCCCUAUCGGCGUAGAUCUUCGUUAGGGUCAGCGAAAUCAGAGUCUGCUUGGUCAAGUCCAGUUGAUGCCGUCGUCUCUCCGUUGCAAAUCUGAAGUUGAUUUCGUCAUCUCUCCGCUAUAAAUCAGAAUGAAACCACACGCUUUCAAUUCAGAUAGCUGAAUUAUUGGAUCGUGGAGUGAAAUUAUUGAAAAUCUGAAAUCCCCAUUGCUUGCAGAUCAUAGUGCACUUCGUUGCAUUCCUGGCAGUAAAUUUCAUCCCACUCCGUUUUUUUUUCAUUUUUUCCUUGCAUCUUGUUCACAACCUAUCUUCACUGAAUUCAAUCCCCCUCUUGUUAUUCUUCAUUUUAUUGCUAUUUAAGGUUAUUAGUCUUCUGAGUGAGGGGAUUUUUUUCACCAAAUUUGGUAUUGAAUCCCUCUUUUGCUGCUCUCAAGCGCUCUAUUCGCCAGCCACCUCCUGCUGCUAGCUACAUUGAUGUUGAUGGCACUGAGGAGGAUGAGGAGAAGGAAGAUGAUUAUGAAGAAGAAGAUGAGUACAGGAGGAUCAAUGAUGAUUAUGGCAAAGCGGAAUUGGCAUGCUCAUUUUGUUCGGAUGAGUAUGAUGUUCUGGGAUUGUGCUGCCAUAUUGAUAGUGAGCAUCCUGUGGGGAUUAAAUCCGGGAUAUGUCCAUUUUGUGCUUCAAAUGAGGGGAUGAGCAUGGCUGCACAUGUGAUUUCACAAAAUGAAAAUAUCUUGAGGGAUCUUGCUAAAAAGAAGCUUCAGAACAACAGAGUGCAUUCAUGUAUAUUAUCGCUGAGGAAAGAGUUGCAGAAUUUAAAUUUGCAUCAUCAUCUCAAGGAGUGCAGUCACUCUAAUUCAUCCGCAAAUGUUGUUGUUGCUGGUGAUAGUAUGAUGUUAUCAUUUGUCAACAACCAACAAUCAUCUGGCAGGGUUGAAACCACACCAAUUAAAAAGCCAGAUCAAACAAGCUUACUUGAAAUAAGUGACGAAAAAAAUAUAUGUGAGAGAGGUGGCCAAGCUGCUAGUAGAAUGGACAAGAACAAAGAAGAGAAGCUCCAAAGAUGUGAAUUUGUGCAUGAGAGGAGAAGCUCCAAAGAUGUGAAUUUGUGCAUCAGAUAUUGUUAUCUACCACGUUGGAUGACUUUUUAUGAUAGAAUAAGGACUCUUUGCUAGGCUCUAACAUAAGUGUGUGAUAAGAAUCACAAUGAUUAUGUAAUGAUGACUAUGGGUAAGAGAUGUACUCCAUGUAUUUUAAGUCACUAUUUGGAGUUCAAACCAAAAAUAUAUUAAACAAUGGGAAAGGGAGCCAGAGAGGGCCAACCGGCCGGUGACUUGAUGGACGCAAAAAACUGAACAGGAAACUAAAAUUGAUUGAGUCUGUAUAAUGUGUAUUUAUUGUAAUGGCUCGGUAUAUGAGGGCAUUGUCAAAACCAUCUUGUACUCUUUUGUUGUAGCCAUGAAUACCAUACUCAUCCCGAUAUUUCCAUAAGUCGGCUAUAUUAAUGUUGUCUUCCUAGGGUGAAACCAGACCUUUC